AUGCCGGCCAACGAGCCCCCUUCCGCGCCUCGCGCCUCCAUCCUCAACGCCAUCAACCUCCGCAAGAUCCUCUCGCUACUCCGAGCCCUGCUCACCAUCAAGCUCCUGAAUGUGCUAGCAUCUCUCACCGGAGUGAGGAGGAACUCUGCCAGAUUCCCGACUAGUUACGUCGGCCAGGCCAUCAGCUACAGGGAGCAACACAUCAUCAACAUUCUCCUGACUAUCGUGCCCGAGAGCACCCUACUCAAUGAUAGUCUGUCUUCCACCGCGGACAUGAGACCCACCACAGCCGACAGUGCCCCCUCUUCUGGUUUGGCCAUCCCGCUCAUGCCUGUGCCCUCGCGAGUGGUACGUCUGUCGAAUUGCGUGACCAGCCGAAGUAUGGAUCUGGCCGUCGCCGGCAGAGGGAGAGAGCACGACGACCACACCAGCGCGCAAGCGAGCGUACACUUUCUGGGCCACCAGCCGCUCGCCAGUGACUCGGUCUACUCAUCAGUCGUCCGGAGAAGCCUGUCGCUUAGUGAUCCUCAUUCGAACUCCUCAAGCCAACGCCAGAGCAUGCUUCCGGGGGUGCGGUUCUCUGGAUUCAUGUCGGAGAGGUUGCGGUUCAGUAUCAUGAGUCGUCCGUGGUCGAUGGACACCGUGCUGGCGGAUGAGUCGCAGCCAGACCAGGUCACACUGGAUAUGGAGCAGCUGCAGCAGACACGUUCAGCAGACAGCUAUCCCGGGCGGUUUCCCAUUAGCGAUGGAUUGGAGCUGAGUUCUUUGGCAACGGCGCAGUGUGCCACCAAUGACACCGCCAAGGUCGAGGAGGUGCGGACCUCUGUGAGGCCAUUUACCGAUGUGUGA